AUGCGCUCCAACCCCUCUCACGCGCCUGAGCCCUCUCAUACACCUGACUCCUCUCACACGCCUAAUCCUCCCCGCACGCCUGACGCUUCCCACGCGCCUAACUUAUUCCGCGCGCCUGAUUCCUUCCGCGCGCCUGAUUUCUUUCGCGAGCCUGAUUCCCUCCGCACGGCUGACUCCUUCCGCGCGCCUGACUCCUUCCGCGCCGCUGACUCCUUCCGCACGCCCGAUUCCUUCCUCACCUCUCUCAGCUCCCGCAGCUUCGCCGCUUCUGCCGGCGGAUCGGCCGGCAGCAGGCGCCAUCGUCAACGUCAGCAGCACGGACGGUCACGAUCUGCCGCGGCGCUCGAACCGAUUCCGCGAUCUCCGGCGACAAUAGCGGCGCAGAACUCUGCUGGUCUUCGCAGCCCAGUUCUAGAUUCUCUGAGUCUUCGCUCUGUCGGCAAUAGUAGCCGUAGUCUGCACUCCGCCCGUUCCGGCUCUGCCGUUGAGCGACGGGAAUCGUCGUCCUGGCGACUGGAAGCGUCGCCCGGGCGACUGGAAGCGUCGCCUGGGCGACUGAGAUCGUCGUUCGGCCAACUGGACGGUGUUUUUGAGACGAUCGACGGAGAGGCAGAGCUAGUGGAAGUUGCGUCUGGGCGAUCCGAAGAGUCGUCUGGACGACGGAGUGUCGCUGGCGACGCGGCGAGCGACAGGAGCGCGUCGUCUAGACUAGUCCGAGCGGCGGAGAGCAUAUCGCAUGGUGAGGGCGGUGAGAUCAGACCGGACGGGCGACAAGACGACGACCAGGAGGGCGAAACCAAGCCUGACGGACAACCAGACGACGAGACUGACGUUAACGGAAAUCGUCAACGUUCUUUCAAGCGGAAAUCACGGCUGCGAGUGAGGUGGGGGCCAGACUCGCCCGACAGGGAUACCACGGGAGAGCAGAGCAAGCGGAAAUCACGGCUGCAAGUGAGGUGGGGCCCUGAUUCCCCCGACAGGGAUACCCCGGGAGGAGCAGGAGAGGGUUGGGGCGGUAUCGUCAGCGCGAGCAGCAGGAGCUUCAGGCAUGUUGCUAGCUUCCUCCAGAGUUCCUGGCGCCAUGAUUCGCCUGACUCGCCCCCUGGUGAACUCGAGGAGGAGGAGAGAGAGGGAGGGGGGAGAGAGGGAAACGGGGAGGAGGGCGGAGGGAGAAGCGCGGGGAGCAGGGUGUUGGGAAGGAGAAGGGGGCGCGGAUUGCGAGGGGCGGGGGAUGGGAGAGGAGGGAGAGGAGGGAGCGGAGGGAGAGAAGGGAGAGGAGGGCGAGGAAGCGGAGCGGAAGACGGAGAGAGGGGAGGCGGGUGCUGGUCGAACCCUGCAUGGGCCACGUACCUGAACCAGCCCGUACCUGAGAAGGUUGGGCCCGUGCCGUCCACCCCGCCUCGGGAAGGCGAGGGGGUGUGCUACGUGCUGUACCGGUGGAUGCUGUGGCUGAUGAGGCGAAUGCGGAUUCCCAUCAUCCACCCCUACUCGAGGCGAAUGCGCAUCCCCAUCAUCCACCCCUACUCAAGGUUCCGCCGUGAUAUCAACUUGCUUGUGGGCGCCUGCAUUCUCUACAACAUGUGGGAGGUGCUCUUCCAGAUCGCCUUUGACCUGCGCUCCACGGGCGCAUGGCUCAUUGUUGACUCCACCCUCUCCGCCAUCUACCUCACCGACGUCUUCCUGGGCUUUAAGACCGGGUACGUGACGAGGGAGCGGCAUGUGCGCACAAGUGAUGGCAUCAAGAUAUUGCAGCCACAGCAUAUUGUCCUGGAGCAGCGGCGCAUAGUGUGGCAUUACCUGCGCACGUGGUUCCUACUCGACCUGCUCUCCUCCCUGCCCAUGGAUCUCAUCAUCUCCCUCACCACCACCUCCUCCUCCGGCUUCUGGAUCUCCACCGUGUUCCGAGCGCUGAAGCUCUUCCGCAUGCGCCGCCUGCUCAACGCCACGGGCCAGCUCAGAACGUCCUUCCUGCGCUCCACAUGGAUGGAGCUCACCGUGCUCAUCCUGCAGAUCUGCAUGUUCUGCCACGUGGGCGCCUGCACCUUCGCUCUGAUUGGCCGGCUCGAGCCAGACGGCCAAUCGUGGCUCGCCAAUUUCUUCUGGGACGACAACGGCGAGGCGCAGCCGCUGGAAACAGCGCCGCCGUUCAUCGCCUACGUGGCGGCCAUCUAUUGGUCCAUGGUCACCUUUGCCUCGGUGGGAUAUGGUGACAUAUACCCGCAGGACACCAUACCAGAGCGCAUCUUUGGCACCAUUUACAACUUGCUCGCAGCCAUCAUGCUAGGUUACGCUGUUGGUCAAAUCACCUCCUUAAUCUACGCCAGCAGGGAGCGGCAGGAGAAUGCAAGGCAGCGCUUUGGAACACUCCACAAGUUCAUCGAGAGGGAGGAGCUUCCAGAAUGGCUGGCCAGCCGCUUGAUGGUGCACCUCACCCGCCAGUGGCACGCGCAGCUGUCGCAGAAGUUUGACGAGUUUGAGCUCAUGGAGAGCCUCACGGAGGACCUCCGGGGUGACCUCUUUGUGCACUGGUGGAAGCGCAGCAUUGCCGUCAGCCCCAUUAUCCCACACAGCCAUGCGUUUAUAGCGAAGCUGCUGGGGGCGCUGGUGUUGAGACGAGUAAGAGCGGGGGAAUUCAUCUGUGCUGAAGGGGAGGUGAGCCGACACCUCUACAUCUCUACAUCCCUCUCUCCCUUCCCCCCCCUCCCUUCCCUCCUUGCCCCGGUUCCCCAGCCCCGUUCUCCCGCACAGCCAUGGAUUCAUAGCGAAGCUGCUAGACGCGCUAGUGCUGGGGCGAGUGGCAGCGGGGGAGUUCCAAAGCUGCUAGACGCGCUGGUGCUGCGGCGAGUAGCAGCGGGGGAGUUCAUCUGUGCGGAGGGGGAGGUGAGCCGACACCUCUACAUCCUGCGCGCCGGCACUGCUGAUGCCACGUGGAUCAAAACCCCCGAGGAGGAGCAGGGGGAGGGCGCGGGUGCAAUGGGGGAGGUCCGGGAGGAGGCUGGAGUGUGGGAGAUUAAGGAGGAGAGCGGGGAAGAGGAGGAGGAGGAGGAGGAGGAGGAGGAGGAGGAGGAGGAGGAGGAGGAGGAGGAGGAGGAGGAGGAGGAGGAGAGGAGGAGGAGGAGGAGGAGGAGGAGGAGGAGGAGGAGGAGGAGGAGGGCGGUGGGGACGGGGUUUGUGAUGGGUAUGGAGGGGUUGUUGGAGGCUUUUGAAGGGCGCAUGGACGUGGAGGAAUGGCCGAAACAGAGGGUCGGGCUGAUCUGUGUGGAGGCGACGUUUCAG